AGGAUUAGAAAAAUGGUUAAUUCACUAACGACCUCUUCCCGGAAAUAACGGAAUUUCAUUGAAAAUCAUGAAGAGAAUUGGUGUCUGGAGUUCAGAAACUGGAAAAAUCAACCCGUCCCCAAUAGAUGGCGCAUUCCUAAUAACGCAUACAGAUUGCUAUUUCAAUUAGGCCUCUACUUUCGGCACUAUUAUAAUAGAUAGCGCAAAACAGCUAAAGUGAACGUUUCAUAUUUAUUUUGAUAGAUGGCGAAAGAGAUUUUUUAUUUAUAAAAGUAAUAAUUAUUUUAUUUUUAAUUUCUAUACAUUGGAAUUAUCAUUUGUGUAAUAUGUGAUAUAAUUUUUCCGCAAUGCGCUUGAUCAGUCCCCCAUUAAAUGUGAACGUUAUCAGAACCCCUGCAGCGUGUUGUUGUUCUAACCUCAAAAAAGCAAAUUUUUUGCAUUGGUUUCUGCAUUAACAAUUUAUGAACAAUUUGUGGAGUUUUUUCUGAGAUUUUCAUUCGAAAAGAUCUAUUUUCAACCAUGGGUGAUAAAAUGAAUCUGAGGGAAAACGUGCUUGUUGGGCUGGGAAACCCGUUGUUGGAUAUAUCAGCAAAUGUUGACAAGGAUUUUCUAGCCAAAUAUGAUAUGAAGGAGAAUGAUGCUAUUUUAGCUAGUGACAAACACAAAAAUCUGUACAAAGACCUAACAGAAAAUCACCAAGUAGAUUAUAUUGCUGGUGGUAGUGUUCAAAAUACUCUACGUGUAGCACAGUGGCUCCUUGAAAAACCAAAAGUAACUACAUUUUUUGGUUGUGUUGGGGUAGAUAAGUAUUCAAAAAUCUUAUAUGAUAAAGCCACUUCAGAUGGGGUAAAUGUGCAGUAUCAGUAUGACAGUGAACACCCCACAGGCACAUGUGCAGUACUAAUCACUGGACAUCACAGAUCACUGUGUGCCAGCCUAGGAAGCGCAAACUGUUUCACCGUAGAUCAUAUAAGAAAACCUGAGAAUAAGAAGAUCUUAGAUUCUGCUCAUUAUUACUAUAUUUCAGGUUUUUUCUUAACAGUUUGUCCAGAAUCAAUAAUGGAGGUGGCUAAGCUUGCGCUGGCACAUGAUAAACCAUUUGCAAUGAACUUGAGUGCCCCAUUUAUAUGUGAAUUUUUUGUUGAGCCAUUAAUGCAAGCAAUUCCAUAUGUAGAUGUCAUAUUUGGAAAUGAAACGGAAGCAGAGACCUUUGCCUCAUGUCAGAACUGGAACACCAAAGACCUCAAAGAAAUAGCACUUAAGAUCUGCAAACUGUCGAAGCAAAACGAAAAUCGUUCAAGGAUAGCAAUAAUAACUCAAGGAAUACAUCCUGUGAUUCUAGCAAAAGAUGGAGAGAUCACCGAAUUUCCUAUACACGAAAUACCGGCAGAAAAAAUUGUCGACACGAACGGUGCCGGAGAUGCUUUUGUUGGAGGAUUUUUAUCUCAGUAUAUACAAGGUAAAAGAUUUGAGUAGGUUUCAGGGCAACUCUGAUAGUCAGUCCGCUUCGAUGGAACGGACAUGAGUCUCUCACCACAUAGGGGUCUCGUCACUCAAAGGAGCACUUAGUGUUUACCAUGUUAAACUAAACGGCUUCUGAUGAUUUCUAAAAACCAUGAAUCUAGGUUGUAUAGGGUUCGUUAUGCUCACAGAGACGGAAAGCAAACAUAUACUAUUGAGCAUGUAUCUAUUUUAUGAAACUCGGUGGCAAUCACCUCUCUCAAUGUAAAUGAAAGACACUGAACAUUUAAAGAAAAUUGUAUUAAUUCUUUACAGGUAAGGAUCUGGAGAUCUGCGUGAAGUGCGCAAUAUGGACGGCAUCUCAAAUCAUCCAACGAAGUGGUUGCACAUUCGAGGGAAAAGCAAACUUCCAAGCAUAGCUUUAUAUCCUUCAGACAUCGGGUUUAUGUACUUACAGUUUUUUAUCAAGCCAUACUGGAAUAAAAGUGUUUUGUUGAAGUUAUACUUAACACAGA